AUGGCGAGCAAGAAGCCGCUCAGCGGCAACAGCGCUCUCAAGAAGACUAUCACCGAUCUAGAGGGCCUUGUCAUCCAGCGGCAGCGGCAGGUUGAGGUGCUCGCUGCUGAGCAGCAUCGCCUCAGCACGCGCGCGUCCAUGGUCAACCUAGUUGGGCGCCACGCCAUGGCGCUGCUGCAGCUUGGCAGCAUGCUCAAGGGCAGCAGCGCUCCUGAUGGUAGCGAGGGAGGCUUGGAGUGUUUGGCCACCGCUGAUCCCGGCACGGUCGAUUGCGCUCGAAUCACAACCAGUGGCGGCGGCGGCGGCGGCGGCUCGGUUGCUGAAAAGUGGGUGCGCGAUUACGUACGCCAGAUGAGGCGCGAUUACGACGCCGCGCCCGCGGGUGACGCCGCCAACUGCACUGCGCCGGACCUCCUUCAGCAGUCCAGCGGCAGCGGCAGCGGCAGUGGCGUCGGCGAGACCGACGCGGCCGUGCCGCUCGGCUGGUGCCCGGCGGCCGCCGCGCGGCGCGCGGGCGACGCGGGCUUCGAGCCCACCACGGCGACGCUCCGGCGGCACCUGCGGGGCUUUGUACUGACCUGCGCCCCUCUCUUGAUCCGCUUGCAGAGCGGCGCGCCUGACGCCGACGCCGCCCUGCGGCGGGUCCAAGCGGAGCUCAAGCAGAUGCUCGAGGUUGUGGCCAUGAUAGCGAUGGGCGAGGGCGGCGGCGCGGCCCCGGCCCCUUCCGCGUUUGCGUCCAUCCUGAUGAGCUCGCUGGAGGCGCCGGACGACGGGCCUCUGCUGGAGACGGGGCCGGCGGUGCCCGACACGCAUUGGGAGUGGGCCGUGGCUCAGAUAGGGCUGUCCAGCGUCCAGGAAGAGCAGCUCCUCACCUUUUACGAGUUCCUCAACACCCGCAUGGCCGGCAUCAUCGCCGCCCGCGAGCGCCUCGCCGCACAGUGCGGCGGCGCCGCCGCCUCUGACGUGGAGGCCCAGGAGCGCCUGGUCUCAGAUCUGACAGCCGUGCAGCGCGAUUACCUCAUCAACUCCGCCGCGGCGACGCUAGCGAUCUACGGGUCGAUCCUGCGAUCCGACCAGGUCGCCAGAUUUAUGGUGGCCUGCUUCCCUUAUGUCUCCUCCCUAAGCGGCCUGCACCGGGCGCUCGAGGCGCUGCGGGCGCGCAGCAGGGCGGAGGUCGACGCCGAGGCCCAGUCGCGCGGGCAGCUGGCUGCGUCCCAGCAGCAGGAGCCGCCCCCGCGGCAGACGCUGCAGCAGGAGCGGGAUGAGGAGCGGCAGCAGCGACCUCAGCCAAUGCAGGAGCAGCGGGACACCCAACAGGCGGAAGAGGAGCAGCAGCAGCAGCAGCAGCAGCAGCCGCAGCGGCGGCCGCGGCAGCGACCACGCACUGCCGACAAACGGCAGCCGGCGCGCGGCCGGCGCGCCACACCCAGCGGCAAUGGCUGCGACGCCGCCGCUCUGGGUAACGGCGGUGCGGGUGCGACGGGUCAGGGCAGCGAGACCAGCAGCAGCACCGGACCGGCAGAGGGACCGCCGCACCCCUGA